AUGACAGGGAUACGCAAGACUGUUGGAGAUGACAUUGCUCGACAUCGACAUCUUCGUCGAGACAUGAGGAGUGAUCAUGAUGCAUAUAAGGGAGCUCUGAACAUUCACCCAAAGGAGGAGAACAACAUGAUCGAGACGCCAUCUCCAUCGCUCAUGAAGGAAAAAGAGGAGGCUGAUGCGUCUACGUUAUUUGAAGAGAGCUUCAAAGGAAUAAGAUUGAUUUGCACCGGCAAGAUCAACAACCCAAGUAGAGGUGUAUCGAUCGCUAAGGCGCAACACAACAUCUACUACCUCGAAGCAAAACAAAUUACAAGUCCAAUAGUCGUAUCCUUUGAGUUGAGGAGGCCGUUGACCAUAGGUCAGCUAGAGGCUGAACAACCUAUCCUCGCAAAAGAAAGAAAUGUUGGAGAACCUCUUAGAUCGGAUGCACCAGAUCAGCCUCAAAUUGAAAAAUAUAAAAAGCUGCAAGAAUAUUUGACUGAUGAAAAUAUUGAAUUAGCACGCCAGCUGAAGGAUAGCAAUCUUGUGAUGAACCAGGCUGUGCAAGCAACAGAGAAGACACUUGACUCAACUAAAAGGGGUGUGUCAAAUAGCUUGAUAGGCACUGGCCGUGCAAAUGCACGAGCAGUGGAGGUGUAUUCGUUUACCUCCAAAACGACUUAUUUCCAGUGGUUUAUGGGUUUCGUAAUGACCUGUAUGUUCAUCAUGGUGGUUCUACUUAUGCGGGCAACCUGA